CUUAAAAAGCCCUUUCAAAACCCUCAACCCUUCAUCUUCAAUCCCUUUCGCCACCACCAAAAAUUAGGUCAGAUUUUUCCGGUUAAAGUAAAGGAGAUGGCGAAGAAAAAAGUAUCCCAUGCCAACCACCAGAAGCCAUCGCAGAAGCAGGACGAAACGGUGAAGUCUCACUCGUUGGACUCGCCGCCGCCGUCUUCAGUAGAUUCGGAGAAGAUCGAGAGCCUCAAAUCUCUGAAUCAGAUGCUGCUCAAAGAGGCGGUCGAGCGCCGCCAGCAGGUGGACUCCCUUCUCCAGUCCAAAGGCUCUCUGGAGAUGGAGCUGACUCGCUCGAACUCGGACAAGGAGGCUUUGGGAUCCGAGUUGGCUCGGCUUGUUGAGCGGGUGGCAGAGCUUGAACUUGAGAGGAGAGUUGUGGCAGUUUAUGUAGCUGUUCAGGUUGGUGUGGAAGGGGAGGAGAUUGUUCGGGAAAUGAAGGGGUUGGAGAUGGAAUUGAGAGAGAAGGAGAGAGAAGUCGAGGAGAGGGCUAGUACGAUUGCGAGGCUGAAUGCAGCGUUGAGUGAGAGCGAAGGUGCGUUGGGGGCUGAGAGAGCGGCUUCGAAGCGAGUUCACGUGGAGAGGGAUGUUUUUGAAGCUAAGCUGAAUCGGCAAAUUGAGGAGGAUUUAGGGCUGAGGGCGAAUCUGGCUGAAUUGAGUGAAAAAAUUAGGGAUUUCGAAAGGGAGAUUGAAGAGUCGCGAGCUGCCUACAAUGCUGUAGUGAGUGAGAGAGAGGGAAUGGAAAUGCGGAUCAAGUUGCUGAUUGAAGAGAAGGAUUCGUCGGUGAGAGAUUUGAAGGAGUCUAAUAAACUUUUAGAGAAGCUGAAGGAUGAUAUCAGUGUGAUUGUUAGGGAGAAAGAAGAGGUUGAGAAGGAGAAGAAUGGGGAGAUUGGCAAAAGGAGAGAGUUGGAGAUUGUUAUGACCGGAAUCAAUGAGAUGGUGGCUGGCUUGAAGAAAGAAGAGGCGAAUCUGCAGAAGAUUGUGGCCGAGUUGGAUAAGAAGUGUGCUGAGGGUGAGACAAAGCUUAGUGAGAUGUGGAAGGAGACUGAUCGAUUGGUUGGGGAGAUGAAGCUGAGUGAGAAGAGGUAUAAGGAGUUGGGUGCUGAGAAAGGUGUCAUUGAAAAGGAAUUGAAUGAUGCGCGUAAGAAUUUAGCUGAGAGCAGUCUUGAAUUGGAGGGCUUAGCUAAUGAGAAGAUUGUGAUUUUGGAGGAGAAAAGUUGUGUGGAGGACCGAGUUAGAGAGUUGGGAAGCCAUGUAGAUGAACUUAGGACUGCUGUUGUCGAGUUGGAGGGAUCGAAUGUGGCUUAUGUUGACAAGAUCAGGAACUUAGAAUCUCAAGUUGGUGAGUAUAAGAGUAAACUCGAGAAGGUUUAUGUUGAAAGAGAAGGAGUGGAGCGUUGCCUCAACGACGAGAAGCAGAAUGCUCUGAAACUGAAGGCUAAGAUUGAAGAAAUGGAGAAAAGAAUCAAGGAAAGCCACAAGGCUAGUAAGGAGGUGAAGACAGAGAAGGCUGCAAUCUUGUGUGAGAAAGUGGAGUUAGAGAGCCGAUGUGGAAUGCUGAAGGAGGAGAUUGCUUCUCUGCAAGAAACCAUGGCUAGAUCGCAGGCUGAACUCAAAUCAAUGAAGAGUAAGGCAGAGACUGCAGAUGCCAACUUGAAACUAGUGCUGAAAAUGCUAAAGGGCAUAUCGGCCUUCUGCUCUAAAGAGGUGUGUGAGAGUGAAUUUAGCAAUGUGCACGCUAAUGGCGAGGCGCUGAAGGUGCACGUUGUGGAAAUGGAGACGAUAAAGAAUGCUUUCAAAAGCAAAGCUGGUAAGGUGGAGGAGAUGAAGAGGCAGUUGGAGGUGCUGCAAUGCAGUGUGAUGGAAGAGCAGAAGAAGAAGAGCUUUUGGACUAUGUUGUCAUCGGCCACCACGCUCUUGGCUGCGUUAUCCCUUGCAUAUGUUUUUCGUGGCCAUUGAACAACAUUGUUUUGGGGGCUCACCUCCGAUUAGUGUUGGAGGCAUGAACUGAAUUUUGGUAUGCUAACUAGAGGUGAAGAGAGACGUAGUAUAAUACUAUUUGAGAAAUUUCGUUUAUGAAGAAAUAAGCUAAAGCUUUGAUGCUAAUGGCAAAUGUUUGAAACCAUUGUGGUAGGUAGUAGAUGAGUAACUACUCUUAUUUCAUCAACUCUUUGCUUAAUUACGUUUCCUGCCUCUUUGUUUCAAUGAAAUUGAUUACAUUUUGCAGUCUUCA